GUCGGGGGUCAGCCGGGGUUGGGGGGGUCGGCCGCCGACGGAGGGCCCAGCGCCGCGGCCCGACUCCGAGGACACCGCGGCCCGGCUAGGACCCGGGACCCGGUGUCCGGACUCCCGCUUGCUCGUUCUUUAAACUGGGAGAUGGAAAAGGAAGCACUUACUAAAACUACUUCCGGCGCAGACGCUGUGGGCACCGGCUGCUCACAGCCCCUCGCCGGCCGCGCAAACACCGCGAGGCAUAGGCGCUCAGGACCCGGGUCAGCCCCGCGCAGCCGAGCGGAACCAAGAGCCCGCGGGCCGAGUUCCUGCCGGAGGCCGAACCGCGGCGCGCCGGGCCCUGGGCGCAUGCGCGCAGCCCGCUGCGGCCCGCCCACGGCGCCUCCGACCCGGCUCCGCGUCCGCCCGGCGUCGGAGUCUGUCAGACGGCGUGGGACCGCUUCGCGCCGUCCUCCGGCCUCCCCAGCGACUCAGAGGCAGAGUGGCCUUGGCCGUGGUGCAGGCCAACCCCGGAACCAGAUGAGCAGAGACAUCUGUGUCCACACCUGGCCAUGCUCCUACUAUUUAGAACGUGAGAAGCGAUGGGUCCCUGGAAAACUUUCAUUAACUUCUCUCUCACUGAAAUUUACAACUGAUAAAACUGGAGACAUUCUUGUCAGCUUUCCCCUUGCUAGUAUAAGUGAGGUCAAGAAAGAGGCCUCUCAUUUUAUCUUCAGUUCUAUCACCAUCCUGGAAAAGGACCACAUCAAGCACUGGUUCAGUUCCUUGCAGCCUAAUCGGAAUGUUGUUUUCAACAUCAUCGAACAUUUCUGGAGACAGCUGCUGUUGUCUCAGCCAGGAGCUGCUCUUGAGGAGCCAUCCUCCUCCAUGACCAAGGGAAAGGAGCUGACAGGUCUGAUGGCCUGUUCCCAGAAGCGUCUAGAAGAUACAGCCAGAGUCCUCCACCAUCAGGGUGAGCAGCUGGACAGUAUCGCGAGAGGCCUGGACAAGAUGGAAUCUGACCUGGAUGUGGCUGACAGGUUGCUGACAGAACUGGAAUCUCCUUCUUGGUGGCCCUUUAGCUCCAAGCUUUGGAAGAUGCCGUCAGAAACAAAGACCAGGGGAGGCACCUCAAUGGCUAAUUCCAAAGCUCUGGGGAAAGAAGGGAUAGUGAUCAGAAUUCCUGCUGUUAUUUCCCAAAGAACAGAAUCUCAUGUUAAACCAGGAAGGUUCACCGUCCUUGUUUCUGGGUUGGAGAUCCAUGACUCAGAUUCUUUGCUCAUGCACAGAUUUGAACGAGAAGAUGUAGAUGACAUUAAGGUUCACACACCUUACGAAAUUAGCAUCCGCCAGCGGUUUAUUGGGAAGCCAGACAUAGCCUAUCGUUUGAUAUCUGCCAAGAUGCCAGAGGUCAUCCCCAUUUUGGAAGUACAGUUCAGCGAGAAGAUGGAGUUGCUGGAAGACACCAGGACACUCGGGAGCACUGGGACCUCUUCCCUGGCAGAGAAGGGCUGCUCAGUCUGGCAUGCAGCGUCUGGGCUGAUGGACCGCUCAGUGCACCAAGAGCCCUCCUCAGCAAGCCAGGGAGGCAGGCCACUUCAGCUACAGACGAGUGGGACGUUCGUUUCUGAGGGGGACGCCCAGGAACUGAGACAGAUCCUGAGAAAGCUGAAGGGUCUUGCCUUGGAUGCCGAGACAGAGCUGGAGAGACAGGACGAGGCCCUGGAUGGCAUCGCCACGGCCGUGGACCGGACAACCUUAACCAUCGACAAGCAUAAUCGACGAAUGAAAAAACUGACCUAGGAGGACAGGAAAGCGCAGAGCCGACUGCUUUGACAAUAAUCACUCCCCUGAGUACGUUGUUCUCAACCCCUGCAUGCUUCCUUGAGAUGGAGACCCCGGGGAGUCAUUCCAAGGGCUGGAAAAAGUGCUUGAGGCCUCCCAGGAGGUGUACCAUGGCCUCUGGAUGAAGGGCUGCUGCGAGGGAGUGCAGCUCAGGUGGUGUGGCUGCCCCCAGGCACCCCUGCAGGAGCUCCGCCUGCAAAUCCUCGCACACUUCUCCCAGGGCCUCUCAGGCCGCCUGGGAAAGUCCUGCCUGGGAAAGUCGGGAGCAGGCGCCUUCAGACGCAGGUGCCCUGUCAGGCCUCCACGGUGGCGGCUCUUUGUUUAGAGGGCAGCUGCACCAUGCCCCUGUCCUGCUUUGCCUGGUGUAUCCCACCUGCCACCCUCACCUCGAGCUGGUUUUAGACUAAACCAGCAUCUCUGUGGAGGAAACCUGCUUGCUCCCGGCUCCGCCUGUCUGAGCACCGCGGGUGUGUCCUGUGUCCCGGCAGCCGCUUCUCCAGGGCCAUGGUCCAGCCUGGGCGCUGCCUCGGGGCUGCGCAGCACAGACCACUGCCAUCGCUUUGCACCAGUCUCUCUGGUGAGCAGGCCAGUUUCUUUCUGGUUUGUUGUCAUUUUCUGACUGAAGCUAGGAGUCUCAUCCACCUCAAGGUCAUCUACAAACACUGGAGACACUCCUUCACUGCCCGGUCCUUAGCCAAACGUGCAAACAGUACAUACUGCACCUAUUAAAGUGUUGGUUUUUGCUUUUACUGAGAAA